AUGAGCCUACGCACUGGCGGUGUUGCAUCGGGUAAAAGGCGAAUCCUCUUUGCCGUGGACGAAUCGGAAAAUGCUAAAUUCGCUUUCCACUGGUACCUCAAGUGGUCUCGACAACCCGACGAUGGAGUCGUCUUCUUUCACGCCUUUGAGCCACCCUCGCUGCCCUCGGUUACGUUAACAAAUCCCAGUUCCAUCCCGGUCGAGGAUUGGACAAAAAUUAUAAAAACACGGGUAGACAGUCUCAAUCGUCUUCAAGACGACUUCAUUGCUGAAGGAAGAGCUGCAGGUUUGAAUUGUGAAUUUUUGAGCCAACCGGCAGAAAACGUUGGUUGUGCAAUUGUAAAACAAGCGGAAAAAAUGGAUGCCCAUCUCAUAAUCAUGGGAACGCGGGGAUUGGGAGCCAUCCGACGAACCUUUCUUGGCAGCGUCAGUGAUUAUGUUAUCCAUGAGGCCUCCAUUCCUGUCACUGUUGUACCGAAAGUUUGA